AUGCCCAGCGCGCAUCCACAGAACCGCAACUGGAGCUCCUCCAACUCGGGCGAGGUCCGGUUGCGUCAGAGUCCCGCGUCUGCCUCUGAAGGCCGCCGCAGUCCCAAUGGCCGUCGCUCCUAUCAAGAGCGCAUCACGACGGUGCGCUUUAUCCAGCCAUCGACGGGCGAGACGAUGUGCACAAAGCUGAACCGCGUGCAGCGGACCAAAACGAAGCCUGAUAAUGAUGCGGAACUGUGCGAAAGUUUUCUCAAAGGCCACUGCGAUUCUGGCAACGGGUGUCAGUACGUUCACGUGCCAAAGCAGUACCUGUGGCGCCUGCUGAGCCCCUGCGUAGACCCCAAGACGCUCUUCUACUACCCUGGGUUCAACGUGCGCUGCUACACCCCUGACAUGAACGUGUACUACGACAUCCCUAGCGAGUUCAUUUACCAAACAAAGGGAAGCGACCGCUACGUGGAGCUCUUCAACGACAAUGGCGACAACUUCAAGGACAAGUGCCGUCUGUGCCCAAACCUGCAGUCGCACGGCAUGUGUGACGACAACGAACACUGCGACGACAUUCACUGUGCUGUGGCAGACCUCGAUCAGUUUCCGCACAUUGCUACCCAUCGCGCCACCAGGGAGGCUGUCGUCCGCUAUGAGCAUAUGCCACAAGAGCUCAUCGUGCGCGUCUAUCAGCCCAACACACCAGGUGACGGCAUGGACUUCAACGGCGACGACGUUCUCCGUACAGCAGGUGCCACACAGUACGAAGAUGCGUACAGGCAGACUGGUGGUGUUCCGGCACUGAAGAUGCAGCACUGCGCCCAUUUUCAAACGAAGAAGCUGUGCCGCAUGGGCGACGGCUGCCGCUUCUUACACGUUGUCUCCGUCGCGUUGGCCAGCCCCGCGCCGGACGAGGAGGGGUCGAUCAACUCGUCGCCAACCCCGGCAACGACCACGGCGUUUGCCACCAGUGCACCUAACGCAGUCAUCACCACCUCUACUGUGGCAAAGUCGCCAACAAGAGCGGCGCCGGGAACAACUAUAACUGCGGGACGCCAGCUGUACGAGGAGGAUGUUGCGAUGAACGCAGCGGCUGAGAUGGCGGCGAUUGCGAUGGCUGCCGAAGAGCCACGAUACACCGGCUCCCAAGCGGAUAACACCACGUUAGGGGCGCCGAGGAACGGACGCCUCCAUAAGUACGGCGCUCAGGCGGCGGUGCCGCAGCAGUCGAACUCUAUCUGUCCGUACGGUGGAGUGUCAAUGGGACCCGUGAAGGGGCGCGUGUCGCCUGUGCAGUGCCGCUCCAGUGGACGUCUAUCGCCGAUUAGGGUAGUCGUGACGCCGGGUCAAAUGGAGGGGGCGCCGGCUCAGCGUCUCUCGCCCAUCUCUCUGCAGAGUGGUGGCGCUUCAGGUAUGCCCACACAACAGCCCCUCAGUCGCACUUCGCCGCUCCGUCGUAACAACCCUUACUCACUCUCGCCCCCCUCCACGAGUUUCAACUGA